ACCCGAUUGGCCGUGACCGCUGGUGACGUGAGGCGUAGGGCGGAGGCGGCGGUUGGCGACGGGCGGAGCGGUUGCCCUGGAGCCAGGUUUAAACCAGAGUCCGAGAUUUUGCUGGAUUAUUUCAGAAAUAGUAAACCAAUGUCGAAUCGUGUAUACACGGAGCCAAAAGGUACUUAUGAUGAUUAUCAGUAUCCAGUUGUGUUUUUGCCACCAUAUGAGAAUCCUCCUCCCUGGAUUCCACUGCAUGAGAGGUUACAUCACUCCGAUUACAACAACGAGCUGACCCAAUUUUUGCCUCGCACAGUCCAGCUGAAGAAACCCUCUGGGGCUCAGCUUGGGUUUAACAUCCGAGGGGGAAAGGCCUCACAGCUUGGCAUCUUCAUAUCAAAGGUAAUUCCCGAUUCUGACGCAGAUCAUGCAGGUUUGCAAGAGGGAGAUCAGGUUCUUGCUGUAAAUGACAUUGACUUUCAAGACAUAGAACACAGUAAAGCUGUUGAGAUCCUGAAAUCUGCCAAAGAGAUUAUAAUGCGGGUUCGCUACUUUCCAUAUAGCUCUGUAUUUCAGACUUCCGAAGGCAGAAGGAAAGGACAGUUCAUUAAAAGGAGGUUCCACCGAUGGCCAUCUAAAAGGAUCACUGCACCAUAGCAAUUAACUAGAAAUCACUGCAUUAGUGUGGGAUUCUGAAAUUAGGUAUUUGUUGAAAUGCAAAUUGAAUUAUAAAUAUAUUUUUUAUUUAGUCAGUCAUGCUUUAGACUAACACUUGGGUAAACCCUAACAGUCUUGUGAAGUGAAAAUGUACCUAGUUUUGUAAAAGUGAUCUCCAACCUGACCAAGGAGUAGCCAUAAAUGUUUAUACAACUUACCCUGGAUCAAUUUUUAAUAAUGGAUAUUGGAUUUAGCCUGUUUUUUAUAAUUAAUCUUAGAAUAAAAACAAAUGGUAGAAUUGGGUAGUAACUGGAAUGCUGAAGAUUCAGAUCAAUAUUGCCACCGCUCCUGCUGCCACUCACUCCACUUCGUUCCAGAAGCUGCAACAAUUUGCUUUUGAAAUAAAACUUUUUUUUUUUAAAUCAA